UUCAUCAACAAAUCUAAAAGCUAAACUAUGUGAAGACAUGCAUUAAACAGAGCGAAAUGCGCACGGUGGAGUUAAGCAGCUACGCACGUGCAACAUAACUUCGGGAUCUCCUAGAUUCGGCUAACAAUUCGCAUGAGAACCCUCAACAGACAGAUGCGCGUCAAGAUGUGCCACUUCGGGAGAGUUUCGUGACUGGAUUGAUCUCGCAUUUACAGCUACAAUAAAUAUUCUUGUUCGUGUUUAUUUAGUUAUAGCUUGAAUGUGUAGCUCUUCUUUGACAUGACAUUAAACGUUUUUUAUCGUUAUGACUCUAGAUUAAGAUAUAUUCCGUAUAUCUGUGAAAUGUGUGUUUGAUUAGUUAAGGGAUUUUUCCAUCAAACCGGUUGCAUUAAUUAAAAAAAAGGAAUGUCAUAAAUGCCAUGUUUGUGAUCUGAAUACUGUUUAUAUACAAUUAAUUAUGAAAUAAACUGGAACUGCAGCGAGUUCAUAUAACUUCAUCUGCAUGAAUGUGUAAAUUGUACAAAUUCAAAGGAAAUAACCAAUGAGAUUGCGGUGAGAGGUGGAAAAUGCCUGUUUCGAGGAUUUAAUAAAACGCUCGAAAAUUAAAAAGCAAAUUACAUAAUGUCAUCAUCAGAAAUACUUCUUGGAGUUUCAACUAGUGAAGUGAUCCCGUUUGCUGACGGCACACCCGUCGACAUAAACGUACUCUUAAAUCUCUCCAGAGAUGACAUUGACCGCAUUCUGGCAGAAAACGCGACCAGCACAUUGGACGAGGAAUUAGAAGGUUCCACUAUUAACAUACUUUCAUGGCUAUUUGCACUGAACAUUUUGUCCGGCGUUGGUGUUCUAACAAACGCCUUAUUUGUGUUUUUGAUCAUCGUGGACUUCAUCCAACACCGAGACCGCCGCUGGUGGACUCGUCAAUGGCUUCUGAUGAUUGUCUCGAUCGCCAUCGUGCUGUACCUAAGUUUGAGUAUUUACAUGCGCGAGUUUAGUCAAGAAUUUUCCCAAACUGAAAAAGUGUGCAUCGCAUUGCAACAUACAGAGAAGACGGUGGAGUAUAUGGUCACGCUUCUAUUACUCGUGAUUUCCCUUCAUACUCUGGGUACCACGCUCUGCUCAAGGACGCGUUGUGCUAUUCGGAACAUCCUACUCUGGGUAUGCAUUGUCCUCUUCCUCAUGGUGCUCGCCAAUAUGACCGUCCUGCUGCUUUACACGAUGAAGUUCCAGGAUACCGGAUCUACCUUUCUGUUGUGUCAUCUUGACCCUAACGCCGUCGUGUCGAACCGUGACAUACAAUUGACUGCCUUAGCCACGUUCUAUAUCCCAUACGGAAGUUUACUCGGCGUUUCUAUGACCGUCCUUCUCUGUUCUUUCAAUCAGCAUCGCAAAAUUGUGCGGGCAUCAUCAUUAAGAAAUGAGGAGGAAAUGUUUGCCAAGAAGUACGACACUAUAUUUUUGUUUAUCAAUUCAGCAACCGGCUUUCUUUUGUUACUACCUUUCUACAUGUUUCAGAUACCUAACAUAUCGGAGAAACUGAUCUCCGAAAUGAAACUGGACUACUUCAUUGUUUAUUUUGUAACUGUGUUACUCAAGUGUUUAUACUACAUACUGUUUCCAGUGAUUUGUUUUUUGCUCAAAGAAGUAAGGAUUGUUUGUUCAAACAUAAUCAAAUAGAAACAAGAAAUGUAGGCUAUAUGUAUACGCACCUGUCUCUCUGUCUCUCUAUAUAACGAUAUAGAGCUAUAUAUCGUGUAUACGCCAAGUAAGCAUAUGUGUGCUGCUUUGCAAUAAACUGUUCAUGUAUUGUGUGAGAUUAAACAAAAUAACAAA